GAGGCUUAAGAGCUCAGAAGAAGUACACAUUCACUUCUAAAACCCAAAAGCCUAAGAGACAAUUUGCAAAUUAGCGGAAGAUUAAAAGAUGGCCAGGAUCCUUGAGACAACCGUGGAGCUAAAAUCUUCGCCCGGGAAGUUCCUUGACAUGUUUGUAGGGAAACAACAAUUCGAAGUCUCCAGUAUAUGUCCAUCCUACAUUCAAGGCUGCGAGCUGCGCGAAGGCGAAAUGGGCCAAGUUGGUUCUAUCGUGGUCUGGAGAUACGUUCAUGAUGGGGAGGCAAAAAUGAUAAUGGAGAUGAUAGACUCAAUAGAUCUGGAGAACAACCAGGUGACGUUCAAGGUGCUAGACGGUGAUUUAAUGAAAGAGUACACUCUUUUCUUGAUCACCUUACAAGUGACCUCAAAGGAGGGAGAUGUUGGAAGUGUUGCACAUUGGCACUUUCAAUACGUGAAAAUUAACGAGAAGGUGGCUGACCCUGAGUCUCUCCUCCAGUUUGCCGUCGAGGUAUCCAAAGAGAUCGAUGCACAUCUCUUUUCCUGGUAAUAGAGGAAAUUUCUCUUGUAUCAAUCAUAUUAUAUAUCGAUAUGUAUAUUUGUGUGUUUGCCUUUAAGUUCAGUCUUUAAAAGUGCUGUAAAAUAAGGACUAAGGAACCGCCUUGUCCGAGUUGCUGAAAGAGUUGUGUGUUAUGAGUGUAUGGAAGUUGUUACUUAGGCUACUCGAUAUUUAUGUAUGAAAUGUU